AUGAGUACCGAGAUUUCUAAGCAUUUGAGGCUUUUAUUGCCACCUUGCAUAUUAAACAGGACCUCGACAUCCAAUAGCACCAGCUGUUUUACUGAAGUGGAACCUUUGUUUCAGUCUUUUUCUUCUACUAUGGUUUUAAUAGUCCUGGCCACUGUCAUCUUUUGUUUAGUUGUCCUCUCACUUAGUACUUUCCAUAUGCACAAGAGCAAGAUGAAGAAACGUAAAAUAGAAAAAGCCCAGGAGGAAUAUGAGAAAGACCACUGCAGUCCUAAAGCAGAAAGAGGUAGUUUAUAUGGAAGGGAGAUGAAUCAGGCGAGUGGGGCUCAAGACAGUGCCUGCUGCACCUCUCCUACCAUACAAAGGAAAGAACAAAUCACUCUAAAUCUGGAUACCAGGAUUAGUGAGGAAUCACUACAGGCAGAUUCCCCUUUGGACAGGGCUACAGGGGAACUGGUGCAUUCUAUGGUCUUGUCAUGAUUUCAGGUGACCCAAACAAGGCACUGUAUUGUACAUAUUUGGUGACACUGUCUCGGAAAAAAAUAAAUAAUAGUAAGGAUCCAUUCAAGCGCAUGACAAAAUCAUAUUGCGUUACCAUUAAAUAUGUUUUCUCGACGAAUCCGCACAAUGCUGCCAAAUAUUAUGUCACCUGCCUGUGGAAUCUCAUCUGCUGUAUAUAGAUAUACAGGAUAACUGCAUUUCUUCUGAUGUAUAUGAAACUGCAAAGAUAAUCCACCAAAUAAAAAACAAACACACAUAUCUUGUAAUAGGAACACUGGAGAUGCAUAGUGGGAUCCUGUGCUACUGCAACAAUAAGACUAUAAA